GACGUGACUCUGCCGACACCUUGCGGUUGAAAGUUUCAUUACCUGUAUAUUUACAUCCGCGUGUAUGAUAUUUCUGAGAAACAGGAGGAAAUCCACCGGGUGGGUCCUUCGCUGCCCGCCGUCGCUUCCUGAUUGGUCUCGUAUUGAACAUGGCGGCUGUUAGUAAGUAUCUGACAGCCGGCAAUUCCUCCAUCGCAGGUGCUUUGCUGUUCGCCGUGUACGUAUUAAAACAGAGACUGUCUUCGGAAACCAAUGGAGAGAAAGGGGCAUCAAAACCACUGUUGGACAAUGAUAAGGAUAGAAAGACUGACAAGGCUGCGGUGGACAAGGUGUUCUUCAGGCGCGUUUAUCAUAUCAUCAAAAUCCUUUUGCCACAGACGUUUUGCAAAGAGUCAGGAUAUUUGCUUCUGAUCGCUGUCAUUCUCAUGGCCAGAACCUAUUGUGAUGUCUGGAUGAUACAUAAUGGGACCAUGAUUGAGAGUGCAAUUAUUGGACGUUCGACAACCGCUUUCAAAAGAUACUUGGUCAACUUUAUCACAGUCAUGCCUUUUAUAUCUCUAGUGAAUAACUUGUUAAAGCUGGGACUCAACGAACUGAAGCUGUGUUUCAGAGUGAGACUGACCAAUCACCUUUACAAUGACUACUUGACGGGUUUCACGUACUAUCAAAUUGGCAACCUGGACAACCGUAUUGCCAACCCAGACCAGCUGAUAACUCAAGAUGUGGAGAAAUUCUGUAAUAGUGUGGUUGACCUCUAUUCCAACGUCAGCAAGCCUCUACUGGACAUAUUGAUCUACCUCUGCAAACUGAACACAGCCAUUGGAUCUCUUGGUCCAGCUAGUUUGCUGAGCUAUCUGGUGUUCUCCGGUCUGCUCCUUACAAGGCUACGCAGGCCGAUUGGCAAGAUGACUGUAACAGAGCAGAGGUAUGAGGGGGAGUACAGAUACGUUAACUCUCGCCUCAUCACUAACAGUGAGGAGAUUGCAUUCUACAAUGGAAACAGGAGAGAAAAGCAAACUAUUAAUGGAACAUUCCAGAAACUGGUGGACCACUUGAGUCACUUCAUACACUUUCGUUUCUCAAUGGGUGUCAUGGACAGCAUCAUAGCCAAAUACAUAGCCAUGGUGGUGGGCUACCUGGUUAUUAGCCGGCCGUUCCUGGACCUCACAAACCAGCGACAUGUAAACAGCACAUACUCUGAACGACUGGAAGACUACUACCAGAGUGGGCGGAUGUUGAUGAGCUUGGCGCAGGCCCUGGGAAGGAUCGUCCUGGCAGGCAGAGAGAUGACCAGACUGUCCGGGUUCACUGCACGGAUCACAGAAAUUCAGGAAGUCCUUAAGGAGCUGAAUUCAGGCAGAUAUGAACGGACCAUGGUGACACAGAGACUCAAAGAUGAUUUAGUAGAGAAAAUCCCUCUUACUCCCGGGAGAGGUAAAAUCAUCAUUGCAGACAACAUUAUCAAGUUUGAACACAUACCUUUAGCGACGCCCAAUGGAGACAUUCUUAUUCGUGACUUGUCUUUUGAGGUGUCUUCUGGGACAAACGUGUUGGUCUGUGGGCCCAACGGCUGCGGGAAGAGUUCACUCUUCAGAGUGCUGGGAGAGCUGUGGCCUCUAUGUGGAGGACAACUCACAAAACCAGAGAGAGGGAAACUCUUCUAUGUUCCUCAGAGGCCCUAUAUGACACUAGGUUCUCUUAGAGAUCAGGUGAUUUAUCCUGACACACAUGAAGACCAAAAAAAGAAAGGAACAUCUGAUCGGGUGCUGAAGGAACAUCUGGACAAUGUCCAGCUGGGACAUAUCCUGGAGAGAGAGGGCAGCUGGGACAGUGUGCAGGACUGGAUGGAUGUCCUCAGUGGUGGAGAGAAGCAGAGGAUGGCUAUGGCUCGUCUGUUUUACCACAAGCCCCAGUUUGCUAUUCUGGACGAGUGCACCAGUGCUGUGAGCGUGGAUGUGGAGGACUUCAUCUACAGCCACUGUCGAAAGGUUGGCAUCACACUGUUCACAGUCUCCCACAGGAAAUCACUAUGGAAGCACCAUGAGUAUUACUUGCACAUGGAUGGAAGAGGAAACUAUGAGUUUAAACCCAUCACGAAGGAAACGGUGGAGUUUGGAUCAUAAUAAUGACACUGGGCCUUAUUCAUGAGCCAAUCUUUGCGUAAAUCAUUCGUAAUGUUAUUCUUAAAUUGUUGCUUGUGAAAAUUUGUGCAAGAAUGAUUUUACACAGAAAUUCACACUCAUGAAUGAGGCCUAUUGGUACUAAAUGUGGAUCUGAAGCAAUAUUAUUGUGUACCUAUUGAAAUCAUAACUCUUUAUAUUAUAAGACGUUGAAAUAUAACGGCUUUUCUUCAUCCGAGGGAAAGGAUUGUAACUCUGUGGAUAAAUAUCUCUCAGGGAGAGGUUACUGUGCACUAUCUGAAAAGAGUUUUGUAAGGAAUAAAAUUGGGUUUGUUAUCCCUUUUAGGAAUCAAGCAUUUGUAAUAUAAAAAUCAUGUUUUUUGUUGUGAUAUUGAUUUGUGUUUUGAAACUGGAACGGUUACUGGCAUAUGUUGUUGCACACUGUUGCAUGCCCCUGGUACAAUAAUUAUAAUACUAUGGGAACUGUAUUAUUUAAGUGUAAUGAGCUGUCUUUAUGAAUUUUAUUUUAUGGGAAAUUUAUUUUCCCUAAUAAUACAUGUUUGAGAAGCUACUGGAUACAUUGUGCCUUACAGACCUGUUUUAUUCAUUUUACUGAAUUACAGAACGUACAAUGAAAUAUCUUGUGAUAUUGUUUUAAAAACAAGAAACUCUAAAUUGAUUUUAAUGUCAGUUUGUUUUUCUUUAAUUAUUAGUUUUAAUUUUACAUUUGGUUUGAGAUGGGGGUUUUUUAGGCUUUUUUCCCCCCCUUUUCAUUUAGGAUGGGUUACUGCUUUGGAAGGCAUAUAUCACAUGUACAAUUGUUUGCAUUUUAGUUACAUCAUGUUUCAGGUCAAAGUUUAAGUCUAGAACAGAAAAAAAAAAAACAA